GUAUAGACAGCCAAAUCUAGAAAACUGGCUACCCGGUCUAUUUGUAUGUCACAAAAGAGAUAAUCGAAACAGCAUGCGAAGAGAAAUCAAAAAGAAAACAAAAUAAAUGUGAAUUUCUGAAAGGGACAUGGAAUUAUUUUUAGAAGCGGUGCUUAAACGUUUUAUUGUUACCAGGAAUGCCAUUGUCCAAAUUCUGGUUCUACAUUUCUUCUGAUUAUUAAAAAGAAAUAUUUUCAAAUCGGUAAAAACCGAACGAAGGUGCGAAAUUGAAUUGCUGUUUCUGGUCGGUGAAAAUCAGGACGGCUUUUCCGUAACAUUUUCUCGGAGCAAGAACAUUUUCUCGGGAGAGGUGUGUUGUAUGUGUUGAAUCCCACUCGAUCCUAUAGAAGAGGAAAAUUGAUCCUCAUUGACUCAGUCGAGAUUUGAUCGUGAACCGCUACGGAAGUCAAAGCUUGAGUAGAAAAUCCAACACUCGGAAAAGUGCUCUUUGGAACACUCAGAAUUUAUUCCAUAUAAGGAAGUACCGUGCCACGGACAUCAUGUCGGACCAAAUAAGUGACCCAAUUCGGAAAUGUUCGAUCAUUCUUAAAAAUGCCAAAAGUGAUACGGAAAAAUUUGCAGCACUAUUUAUGGUCACGAAACUGAUCAAGGGCAAGGAUUGCAACGAGGCCGGAAAACGCUUGCUGUUUGAUUCGAUUGGGUUCGAUUUCGUCCGACGACUGCUGAUUGGAGGCAAAGACGUGCCGGAUGCUUCCGCAUACCAGAGUGUAGCGCUUUCGAUUUUGAGCUGUUUCUGUGAAAAUGAGGACCUGGCCACACAUCCCGAUAUGCUUGGCAGUAUACCGGUGUUCCUGGGAAUCGUAUCGACUUGUGAUGACGAUGAGUAUGAUGAUAACUUGAUCGUAAUCAAUGAGGCUUACCACUGCCUGCAAAGCAUCGCUUCAUACGAAAAAGGCCGGGUAGCCCUGAGAGAGGCAGGAAUUAUCAAAAAGUUGGCUGAAAUUUAUACCCAGCAAAGUUUUCAGAUUGACGAGGCAUUGACGCUGAUCGUGACUCUGGUGAGCCAUUUCGGACCGGCAUCCUGGGAAGAGGAUCCUAAAUUAUUUCACUCUUUAUUGCAACGAGUGUCGUUGGACUUCGAAACGGAUCAUGCAGAGAGGAAGUUUGAACUCGCGGAAAUGAUCUCAGUUUUACUGUUUACCUGUCGGAAGGAGUUAAUUGCAAAAACUUUGCACGAAGAGAUUUGGCCAGCAUGUUUGUACAAGGGUGUUAGCGACAUUUUGAAGAGCAAAAUUGGAAAGGCACAACGUGACCCAACACUUAAGCUGACGGCGAACAUUUUGGAAAUUUUGGGAAUAGAAUGGACCUUGAACGAUUCGGAUAAUCCGAAAAAGUUUUUCCUUCUACUGCUACAAUUAGCAGCAAUCGAGGUUCGCAUGCAAAUGGAUAAUAAAAGCUUCAACCAAGUUCUGGUGCAAGCUGAUUUGAUUACAGCCUGUUUCAUUAUUUUGGAACUUUCUAUAAAUUACAUGUCGACAGAUCAACUGGACCUUGAUCAAAAAGAAAAGCAGCAAGUCUAUACAGGAUUGAAAGGAGCUUUUAGUGCAGUUUUGUCUGUUUUCACUAAACUAUCGAACGACACCCGAAAGGACAAAUUGCAAAAGAAUGAAAAAGCGUUUGCCUGUGCCAUGAUUCGAGUACUUUGUGCCUGGAUGGCUCAAGAAACAUCUGCCCUGAAAGCAGAAGUCUUCAAACUCAUCCCAUUCAUACUUCAGCUGGCCAAUGAAUCUUUCUACGCAUCCAGAGAUCAUCGUAUUAAGGCUCGUACCCAACCGACCGCAGAGUCGACCCCUGCUGAUGUUCUACGUGUUACACUACCGGCGAUGUGCCAUCUUGUCGUCGAAGAACAGGCUCGCAAGAUAUUCCUUAAAGAAAAGCAAGAACAAGUUUUGUUUGAUUGUCUCCAGUUUCAUUGGACUAUUGCCCACUACAAAAAACCUCCAGUGCCACGUGCUGAACGACUGAAACGUAUGAAUGAACCAGAUCCAGAAAUGACUCCUCAACAGCUGGAGGACAUGAAGGAUUCACGAACAGCGAUCGUAUCAUUGUGCAACAUUUUUAUGAACAUCACUGUUUUAGAACCAAAGCUCGUUGAAGAAAGUCCAGUAUUUGCUCAACUUCUUCGUUUUAUCUUUGAAAAUCUUCCAGAGCUCAAGGACACGCCUGAUAAUCUGGUUAUGCAUGGACAUUUGGCUGUUUUGGGUUUGCUUUUACUCAAACAACAAUCUACAAAAAUUAAGAAGAAUGAUUUUUCAAUCUGUCGAUAUAUUCAAACUACCAUUCGGUUCCUGUGGGAUGCCUACAGCAUCGACGAAUCCAACGAUCCCCAGGCACUGGUUGUUUCCCUAGCCUAUAAGGAGUACUGGUUUGAAAUCAUGGAGCUGUGGUUCUUAGGAAUGCAAACCAUGAGUGGCAUUAUCAAAUUGAUACCAUGGAUUUCGGACUUUGCCAUCGAAUCUGGUUGGGCAGAAGGCAUUAUCGAAGUACUCCGAAAAGUCAAAAUCGGAACCCUCCCUCCGAAUGUAAAGUUGGCUUAUGAAGACUUCCUGUCGCAACUGGUCGAUGCCAACUCGUCGGUUGCCGCUGUGCUGAAGAAAGCUGACGCUCUCAAAGCCUGCAGGAACCAUCGGAUGAUGGAGCUCGGAAAGAAGCUGUUUGGCGAUUAGGAUGUAGAUUUUGCAAGCUUUUUAUUUGAUAAGUGAUUCCUAGUGAUUUUUGUGUUUUAUUCUAUACAAUGUGUACUUCAAAAGUAUGUUUUGCCAAUAAAUCAGAUACCUGUAUAAAAUAA